GAGAAAUGGGCCAAAGAAGCAGGAAGAGACAAAAUUGACAUAUAGAAGAAAGAAAUCUCAAGUAUAGGAGAAAAGCAGCCUCCUUCUCAGUCUGGGAGGGAAGAAGGGCUGGAGGGGCUGGGCAGGGCGGGGCUUUCGGCGAAAACUGAGUCCCUCCUCCCAGAUCCCCCACUGGGCUGGUGGCUCCUGCAGCCCUGCCAGUUAGGAACAAAUGAGAAGAGCUGCUGAUUUCCUCCCUUGGACAUUCAGAAUUUUCUCACAUAAAUACUGAGGAAGACCCUGCCCUCUCCUCACUUCUCUGGACUUGGCCCUGAGCUGGACCUGGUCCACUGGGGUAGUCAGGGCGAUGGGGAAUCUGUUUAUGCUCUGGGCAGCUCUGGGCAUAUGCUAUGCUGCAUUCAGUGCCUCUGCCUGGUCAGUGAACAAUUUCCUGAUAACAGGUCCCAAGGCCUAUCUGACCUACACGACUAGUGUGGCCUUGGGUGCCCAGAGUGGCAUCGAGGAGUGCAAGUUCCAAUUUGCUUGGGAACGCUGGAACUGCCCUGAAAAUGCUCUUCAGCUCUCCACCCACAACAGGCUGAGAAGUGCUACCAGAGAGACUUCCUUCAUACAUGCUAUCAGCUCUGCUGGAGUCAUGUACAUCAUCACCAAGAACUGUAGCAUGGGUGACUUCGAAAACUGUGGCUGUGAUGGGUCAAACAAUGGAAAAACAGGAGGCCAUGGCUGGAUCUGGGGAGGCUGCAGCGACAAUGUGGAAUUUGGGGAAAGGAUCUCCAAACUCUUCGUGGACAGUUUGGAGAAGGGGAAGGAUGCCAGAGCCCUGAUGAAUCUUCACAACAACAGGGCCGGCAGACUGGCAGUGAGAGCCACCAUGAAAAGGACAUGCAAAUGUCAUGGCAUCUCUGGGAGCUGCAGCAUACAGACAUGCUGGCUGCAGCUGGCUGACUUUCGGGAGAUGGGAGACUACCUAAAGGCCAAGUAUGACCAGGCGCUGAAAAUUGAAAUGGAUAAGCGGCAGCUGAGAGCUGGGAACAGCGCUGAGGGCCACUGGGUGCCCGCUGAGGCCUUCCUUCCUAGCGCAGAGGCGGAACUGAUCUUUUUAGAGGAAUCACCAGAUUACUGUACCUGCAAUUCCAGCCUGGGCAUCUAUGGCACAGAGGGUCGUGAGUGCCUACAGAACAGCCACAACACAUCCAGGUGGGAGCGACGUAGCUGUGGGCGCCUGUGCACUGAGUGUGGGCUGCAGGUGGAAGAGAGGAAAACUGAGGUCAUAAGCAGCUGUAACUGCAAAUUCCAGUGGUGCUGUACGGUCAAGUGUGACCAGUGUAGGCAUGUGGUGAGCAAGUAUUACUGCGCACGCUCCCCAGGCAGUGCCCAGUCCCUGGGUAAGGGCAGUGCCUGAUAAUACCCCACACAAGUUCACUUGAUUAAUUGCAUCAGUGGAAGGGGACAUAGCUUCUCUCUUAGAGAGAACAGAUUGGAAAGCAAUCGGAAAAUUGCAGUUUUAGUCUGUAGUCCUCAUGAUAUCUGCUAUCAGUGGGAAAAAUGGAGGCCCAAGAUUCUACAGCAUAUUCCUGGCAGAGCUGAAAUUGGAACCUGGGCCUCCUGACUUUGGCAGACCCCCAUUUCAUCUUUCCUGCAAACUACUUUCCCGUCUUUGUGCCUGUACUUAUGCAGCUUUCUACAGGGAGAGUUUGGUUUGGGGUCUAUAUCUAGAGGGACCUUCAAAGUAUUUGUUCCUUUAAAUUUCAGACCAUGUCCAACCCAGCUGUGCUGCUGGGAAUCAGGAGAAUAGAAGCAAAAAAUGAAAGAGUUCUGUUCAGACUUCUGAAGAGCAGCCUGUGGCUACAAAUCUAUGCUGAUAAAUGAGGUAAAGACCACAUAUCUGCCUACUGGAAAGUUUUAGAGUGUUGGAUUUUUUUUUCCCCCAAGUAUGCACUUUUGAAAAGCUCUUCCUCCAGCCUGGACAACAUAGGAAGACACCAUCUCUACACAAAAUUUAAAAAUUAGCUAGGUGUGGUGGCACUUGCCUGUAGUCCUAGAUACUUGGGAGGCUGAGGUGAGAGGAUCACUGGAGCCCAGGAAAUCGGGACUACAGUGAGGUAUGAUUGUGCCAUUGCACUCCAGCCUGGGCAACAGAACUGAGACCCUGUUUAAAAAAUAAAUAAAUAAAUAAUAAAGACAAAAGAAAAUAAAUUCUUCCCACCCACGCCUGGGGAAACCAGCACCCAGUAUAACCUGGGGGUUUUUGCAGCUCAUAAACCGUCUCUGGAGCCAUGGAAAGGGAAUCAUGGCAGUCAGUGGACAGGUGACUAUGACCUACCCAGACAAGGUCCCACAAGAGCGAUGCUCCUCAGAGAGCUGGGGACUCCUCUGUUGUUUUCCCAGGUUGAGAACUCAACUGUAUUUUGCCAUAAAUGCUUCUAAGAUAUAUCCAGCUGGGACUUCUAUUACUCCCUUUGGAAACCUUAAGAUCAAAAAGGGAAUAAGAAAGCCUGCUUCUGUAUCCCAAUAAUCCACCAGGAUAAAGGAGAAACUAGAAAUACCCAACUCCCUUGAUUUCAGUGUUUGGCAGGUAACAAAAAAUUGAGACCCAGACACUGGUCAACAGGAAAACAAUACAGACUCCCAGAAUUAGAAAGUGUUAUUUUAAUGCAACCUAGGUAACUUGGGGAGUAAGGAAGCCCUUUGAACUUGGGCCAUAUUCAAAGUGUGUUUGCCCUCUUAACUUGGGCAUCCUGGGGUGUCUGUACACCAAGACCUGGGCCCCAGGGCAAGAGACAAAAAGAGUUGUGGAUUCUACCUACCUGCAUUUGCACUUCCACAUCUUCCAAUGGUAAUCUUUGGAGGAGGGGUAGUUUCCCACAAGGAGAGCCCUGGGAGCUUAGCCGCUGGUUUCCUAAAUCUGAAUAUCUCAGCCUUGGGAAUCUCUGCUGUCUGCACAGGCUUGCACCCUGCCUGGAGGAGAUAUUUUGAAUAUGUUGAAUAAAAAGUAAAAAUGAUCACCAAAAAUGGGAAAAAAACCCUAGCUUAUUGUUUUAAAUUAGAAAACAAUUUAAGUGUUCAAAGUAGGAUAAACAAGUAAAUCAUAACCUUACAGUAGACUAUUAGCCACUAAAAUAUUCUUGAGAAAUACUUAGUAAUGUGGAAAGCAUGCAUGAUAGAAUUAACUGAACAAAGUUGAUUGCAAAAUGGCAUGUUCAGGAUGAAUCCAAUUUUGUUUUUGUGGCAAUGUGCAAAUAUUUGCCACUAUGUGAUACCAAAAUAGAGUGGUUUGUUUUCCUUUUGUGUUUUUCUGUAUUUUUAUGUUUGCCUACAAUAAAUAUUUUUUGUCAUCAGAAAGAA